AUGACGAAACGAUUAAUAGCAGCUCUUUGCCUACUGCUUUCAACAGCAUCCGCCUUUACAACAGGCAAUACCCGUAUAUUGAACAGGCCUUUGACAACAUCGCCAUCAUCAUCGUUGAAAUUGGAGACUUCCUCACGACGGAAUGCUUCACCAAUUAUGACCAAACAACGAUCUCGGACGACUUCUUCAACGCAACUUCAAAUGGGAGCUGUUCCCGUCGGCGCUUUUGCUGGUAUUUUGACGGGAGGACUAUUUGCAGGAGGACUCCAUGCCAUUGCCGGACCCGAUCACUUGGCAGCUCUUCUUCCUCGGUGUUGUGGGCAAAGAUGGUACAAGGCAGGAAAGGUUGGUGCUUUGUGGGGAAUGGGCCAUGGAGUAUCGGCGAUAAUUUUGGGAGUUUUGGCAUUUGGAUUGAAAGCACAGGUCCAAAAAGCACCCGGCGUCAAGUCGCUCUUGACGGGAGCCUCGCACGUGAUGGAAAUUGCUGUGGGUUUGUCCCUUGUUGUUAUCGGAGCCAUGGGAAUCAAGGAGGCAAAGGAAUGGGAAGAAGAAAAUCCACCAGGAACAACUGCCAAUAGUUUGUCGGCGGCUGCCUCCCCCGAAGUGGGAGUUGCGGAAGCACAAAAACGAGCAGUCAUCUUCAAUGGACUGCUGCAUGGAUUUUCUUGGGAUGGAGCACCAUCGCUGGCACCUGCUUUGGCCGUCGCAAACUGGGGCGGAAACAUUGUAUUUUUGACGUCCUAUGCACUUGGAACCAUGGCAACAAUGGCCGUUACCACUACGCUUGUCGGAGAAGGAACAAGGCGGGCUGGUGAAAUCUUCAAUCGCCCUGACAUUCCACAAAAGUUGAGCUUCUUUUCGUCGAUUCUCGCUAUCGUUAUCGGUCUUAUCUGGUGUGGACUCGCAUUGAAGCCAUAG